GCGCCCUUUCUGCUGAUCUUAGCACGAUGGACGAGUUUCUCAUUCCACCCUACGGCUGUGGAGGGUAUCCUGGCUAUUUCCCAUUUUAUCCCAGCAAUCCCAAAUUCAAGCAGCAAAACUGGAACAGAAAGGGAAACAAUGUUUACGUGCCGCCAGAUGCCCCAGAUUAUUUUGACGUUUAUAAGCGUGCUCAGUUAAAAGCGAUAUUAUCUCAGGUGAACCCUAACCUGACCCCGCGCCUCCGCAAAGCCAACACUAGAGAGUUUGGUGUGCAGGUAAACCCUAAAGUAGAUGUCACCGUGCAGUGCUCUCUCGGACCCAAAACUCUAUUUUAUCGCGGAGAUAAAUGGGGGUCUCCUCGGUCGCCGUCUCCAAGUCCUUUUAAAGUUACGCUACCCAGCACUCCGGUAAACUCCGUGCGCUUUAACAGACCCGUCGCCAUCUACUCUCCUGUCUUCGACCGCAGGAUCUUCUCAUUGUCCACCACCACUGCCAGUGAAAGUAAGAACGGCGGUGGGAAUGAGAGUAAAGAUGAGAACAUAAAUGCGGAAAGCGAGACGGACGAUGAGAAAUGCAAACGGGAUGAAAUGAUGCAAAACGAAGCGCGGCAAGAGAAGACCGUUGUUCAACGAAACAAACGCUCCAAUUUUCAGUUUCUAGAGCAAAAAUAUGGAUUUUAUCACUGCAGUAAGUGCAAUAUUCGAUGGGAAAGUGCAUUUGUGUGGUGCAUCUCGGGAACCUCCAAGGUGUACUUCAAGCAACACUGCAGGAAGUGCCAGGCAGGACUAAAUCCAUAUAGGGUGGAAUCCAUUCAGUGCCAGGUUUGUUGCAAGACGCGCUGCUGCUGUGAGCAAAAGCAGAGGCACAUUGACAUGCGCCGUCCUCACCGCCAGGAUCUGUGUGGCCGCUGUAAGGGGAAAGGCCUUUCCUGUGAUACUAUCUACAGUUUCAAGUACAUAGUCUGAUUGUUCAGGUCUAUCUGAUGUCUUUUAGAAUCUGUAUAUGUGGCCCAAGAGAUGUAUUGGGUGGGAUGUAUUUUUGUAUUCCAAUAAAUUAAUAAAAUUAAUAAAGUAUUGCAGCAUA